GGCUCCCUUCCCACCCUCACCGGAGGAGAAGCGCAGCGCAACAGCUGACUGCAAAUCCGCCCGGCGCCCGCGCGCCUCCGGGGCGGGCGGCGGCUCCUGUUGCUUCUCGGAGCUCCGCCGCCCUUUGGGACAAUCUCCCGCGCGCCAGCUCCCGCGCGUGGAGGGGAGGUGGCCGCGGGCGCGGGCGCGGGCGCGGGCGGAGGGCGCGCGCGGGGCGGCAGCCGGCAGCCGGAGGGCGGCGUGCGUGCCCGCGCCCAGCCUGCGCCCCCUGCGGCCCCGAUCCGCCGAGCGGGAGGCGGGAAGGCAGCGCAGGCCGCGCCCACCGCCCUGCCCCCAGCCGCCACUGCCGGCUGCUCGGGUCUCGGCGAGUCCUCCUGGGAUCGGCUCGGAGGGGACGGGCGCGUGCAGGCGUGAUGGAGGUGGUGCUGAUCUUUCUCUGCAGCCUGCUGGUCCCCACAGUCCUGGCCAGUGCGACUGAGCAGGAAAAAGAAACGGACCCUUUUUAUUAUGACUACCAGACCCUGAGGAUUGGGGGAUUGGUGUUUGCUGUGGUCCUCUUCUCUGUCGGGAUCCUCCUUAUUCUGAGUCGCAGGUGCAAGUGCAGUUUCAAUCAGAAGCCUCGAGCUCCUGGAGACGAGGAAGCCCAGGGGGAGAACCUCAUCACCGCAAACGCAGCGGAGCCCCAGAAAGCAGAGAACUGAAGUGCAGCCUCCAGUGAAGCCUCAAGAACCUGAGGGCAGCUGCUCUGACCUUUAGUUGCAGAUGUUGAUAAGAAAAUCGGCCACUUCAGCCGCAGGUCUUUCCCCAGGAGAAGCCAACAACUCACGUGUCCCCUGCACCCCUUCAUCCCUGCUAACCCCAGUUCUCCGCGCACAGAUGCAGCCCGCACAGGCCUUCCCCUCCCGCAGCCUGCACCUUCGUCACCGCCUGGGCCGUGUCCGCACGUGCGUGUGUGUCUGUGUGCGCGUGUAUUUGCUAACUGUGAUCUGUGUGGCUCUUUGUCUGUGGAUAGCGUUGCAUUUGUGAACUGUGCAUUUACUUUCCUGGGCAGGAACCCUGCCCAGUGGCCAUUGGCUCCUCCCCGCCUCUCUGGGGGCCUCCAUCGCUUCCCACUCCCCAGAGUCUGCUUUUUGCCUCAGAGAGCUGCCCCUAUCUUGAUUUAGGGUGGAGCAGGAAUCCCCACCUCUCUUGGAACUGGGAAGCUUUGCAUCACUUUCCUCAUGGCCUUUCAUGGAGCCUCUUGGGUCCUCUCUCGAAGACCCUACUCCUGUGUCCCAUCCUGACCCGAGCCUGUUGGGAAGACCUCAGCCACUGGGGGAACAGAGAAGGAGCUGGGGAGCCCAGUGUGGCUGUCAGGCAGGCUCUGCCCGACCACAUUUCUUUUUCUUCUUGGGGCUUCCCCCGUGGAGUCUCUACCUGCCCCUUUGUGGAGCACCCGGGAGGUCCAGGCCCAGGGCCUUUACUCUGCCCCUUGGGAAUGUGCCCCUUGCAUAUCUUCUUAGCAAUAACCCACGGGCUCUGGCAUGCUCCUGACCUCGCCCACCUUCCCGGUUCCCAAGAUGUCCAUCUGGAGCUCAGCUCACCUGGAUUGUCUCCCAUCUCUGGAGUUGGGUCCGCAGAAGUGGACGACUGAGGGAUUCCCAUUCUGUUGGGGUCAGCACGCAGGGACAGGCAGCUGGGAGAGAAGGAGGGGCCGUACUUGUCUGCCCAGGUCCUGUUGGCCAGGCGGCAGCAGCGCCUCGGGUGUCCUCCCUGCCUGUCUCUGUCGGUGGUCAGUGGUGAGCUAGGUGUGAGCAGCCAUUGUGCUGCUGGUCAGCGGCCAGCAGGCUUUCACGUGGCCCUGCUGCAGAUCAACAGCAAGAGUCGAAGGCCAUGAGAGAGUGGAAAGUCCAGCCAGGUCCCGCCCCACCUGUCCAUUGUGUUCCCGUGGAAACUAACCAAACCUUGCCGUGUGACCAGGACUGCUGCUGUCUGUCUUGUGACCUAUCCUCCUACUACAACAACAGAAAGAAAUAAAACAUCGUUGUUUCCUA